UCAAUGCUUUUGACAUUUGUUUUUGUAUUGUGAUUACGUGAAUUUCACAAGCAUUUUUCUAAAACAUAAAAAUGCGUGCAAAUUUUGGAGUUUUACACAGAAUUGUACAUCGUGCGUUUAGUCAAACGGGUGGGGAAAUAAAAUCGACUACGAAAGCCAGUAAUGCUGCUAGCUCACCCACAUCGAUUAACACUAAUGUGAAAGGACUUAGUAGCAACUGUGUUGAACCUACCAGCACCCCAGUUGGACCCGGAGCUGCCCCAAAUGCACCUUAUAAAGUGAUGGAAUAUUUUUGUUUCAACCGUUUUAGUUAUGCAGAAGCAGAAGUUGAAAUGGCAAAGUUCCGUUGCCCACAACCAUCAGCUAUAAAGAAGUAAAUGAAACAAAAAAAAUUUCAUCUCAAAGAAUAAUUUAUUCUUAAUGUAAUAUUAAUUGAUGCAAUAAAAGAAAU